CAGUAGCGGAGCGCGGCAGAGCGGGGCCGUGCCCCGGACCCACAUAAAGAGGCGGCGGGGAGCGGAGCGCGGAGCAGAGCCCGGAGCAGAGCCCGCAGCAGCGCUGCCGCAGCCGGAGCGGGGCCAUGGAGCAGUACUUCUCAGCCACGCACAGGAUGGAGCAGGAGGUGAUGUUCCCCAGCCUGCUCCGAGGGGUCUUCCCGCAGCAGCAGCAGCAGCAGCAGCACGGGGAGGCUCCGGAUGCCGAUGGCCACACGGACCUCUACGAGCGCUACCAGCAGCUCAAGGCCAUCAAGCCCAUGGUGGAGAAGGGCCUGGCCUCUGUCCAUGAGCAGAGCUCGAGCAGCAGCGACGCGGACGCACCUUGGGAUGAGGCCGGCGGCAGCAGCGGGGAUGCGCGGCUGGAGCAGCGGCUGUGCCACCACCUGGCCGGGCUGCAGCAGGUCCUCAGCCACCUCACCAGGGACACCAAUGCCCUGACGCGGAGGUACAGCCAGAUCCUGGAGCAGAUCAGCCCCAGCGAGGGCAGCCCAGCUGGUGACCCUGCCCCGGCCACCGGGACGGGUGCUGCUGGCACGAAGGAGAGGACGUCCCCACCGUGCCCAUCGCGGCUCUUCCCAGCGCCGCCCGUGGCAGCGGAGCUCCCGGCGCUGGCACCGACGCCUGCGGCCACCCCGGAGCCAGACCCGGCCUCGUCCCCUGGGAAGGAGCCUCUGGAGGUGCUGCAGGUCCAGGGAGGAGCCGCGGGCUCGUGCCCUGCUCUUCAUUGUCCCAGAGCAGCACGAAGCAGCCAUGGGGAGCGCUGGCCCCGAGCCCCGAGGGUCCCUGCGGCUGCCGAGCCCUUUUCCAGCUGGUUCCUGGACUCCAAGGGGCCUUUCCCCUUCUUUCAUAAUAAAAUGAGCCCUGAGAAGCCCUCGCUGCUGCUGGUGACGCUCGUGGCUGCUCUGUUGCAGGACAUUGCAUCACGCUGCGUCAAUCCCAGCAGGGCCACGCUGAUGCCACCACUGAUGGACGUGGCUGAUAAGGGACAUGAGGUGCUCUCCAGAAAGGUCUUUGUCCUUGUCAAACCCAGCGCAGGGCCCUGCAGGACGAGGGCAGAUGGGGCAGAUCAGGCCCUCUGCGGCCCCCACAGGGAAUGA